AUGCCUUCAACGACUUCUGGAACAGCAAAUGUUACUUCAAUGCUGAACAAUACGACAGUGCCAGCUAGCUUCCCACCCCACAGUUUAAUGGUCACACCACAGUCAAUGGGAUCAACAGUUGCCCCUUCUUCAUUAAAUGUUACAACAGAUGCUGUUUCAUCAGUCGUUGUUACAGUUUCUUUACCAAUUAACGGUACAGCUCACCCAUCAGUCAAUGGUUCAACAGCUGCUCCUCCACUAAUUAAUAGUACCGCAACUGUUCCCUCACCUAUUAACGGUACCGUAACUGCUCCUUCAGUUAAUUACCGAAACUGCUCCAUCAUCUGUAAAAGAUACAACGCCUGCUUCGCCAAAAACUACAGCAAGUCCCCAUCUGUAACUACAGCAACACCCUCUUCACUUACAACGGUAGCUCAUUUUACAGGUACUACGGCAGCUCUCUUGCCAGUUACUACAAGUCCAUCGCUAAUUACAACUGCAGCUCCUUCUCCAGUUACUACAGCAGCUAUUUCUCCAGUUACUUCAGCAGCUCCCACACCAGCUACUACAUCAGGUCUUUCUCAACUUACUACAGCAGCACCCUCUCUUACUACAUCAAAUUGUCCACGAUAUAAUGAAGGAAGAACCUCCUCGGCAUCAAGUCCUUCUCAGGUAACUACAGCAGCUCCUCCAUUUGAUACAUCAAAUCCUGGGGGUUCUACAGCAACUCCUUCUCCAGUUAUUACAGAAUCUUCUCCAGAUAGUACUUCAACUCCUCAAGUUACCACACUACGCUAUCCUCCUAUAGUUACCACACCAAGUCCUUUUGAGGCUACUACAGUAGCUCCUUCUCCAAUAACUACAUCAAAUUCUGAAUUUACUACUCUUUCUCCAGUUACUACAGAAACUCCUUAUUCAGUUACUACACCAGGUCCUUCUCAAGCUACCACUGGAGCUCCUUCUACAAUUACUAUAUUAAGUCCAUCUCCAGAUACUACAUCCAACCCUAACCAAAUUACUACAGCAGGUACUUCCUCAGGUACUACAUCAAGUCCUUUUUCAAUUACUACAACAGGUCCCUUUCUGGUUACUACAGCAGCUCCACCGCCAACCACUCCUUCGGUGGUAGCUACAACAGCUCUCUCUACAACAGUCAGUACAGAAACUCCUUUGACAUUUAUUACAUCCUCCUUCCCAGUUACCUCAAUCGCUACAUUUCCGUCCACUUUACUAAGUUCUACUACUUUCAUUUCUACAGAAAUAUCCAUUUCUACUUCUGCUUCUACUUCGACAUCAACUCCAACUUCCUUUUCCACAUCUUCGUCUACUCCGACGUCAACUUCAACCUCAACUUCUACGUCUACUUCGACAUCAACUUCAACUUCCACUUCUACAUCAACAUCUACGUCCACUUCGACAUCAACUUCAACCUCAACUUCUACAUCAACUUCAACCUCAACUUCUACAUCAACUUCGACAUCAACUUCAACCUCCACAUCUACGUCUACUGCAACCUCAACUUCUACUUCCACUUCUACAUCAACUUCUACGUCUACUUCGACAUCAACUUCAACUUCCACUUCUACAUCAACAUCUACGUCUACUUCGACAUCAACUUCAACCUCAACUUCUACAUCCACAUCUACAUCAACGUCAACAUCAACUUCUACUUCUACGUCUACUUCAACCUCUACUUCUACAUCUACGACUACUACGACAAAAGGUUAAACUCCACUUCGACCUCCAUAUCCACUACUUACAUUUUGACCUUAACUUUUACUCCACUGCUAUUUCUAUUUCCACAUCCAUAUCUACUUCGACAUAGAUAUCCACUUCAGUCUUCGACCUUCAUUUCUACAUCUACUUUGCACUGUAGAUACAAUCCUACUUAAAUUUCUACAUUCAUCACGAUCUCCACUUCUACAGCAUAACAAGGUUUCUUUAUGAUAAGUAAUGUAGGUGCAGUGUAAUUUUGUCCUAAUUAUGUUGGUAAAACCAUAGAGAAUUUUAACUUUCAUCUCAUCUAGGGUUUCAUUUAUAAUCAAGUCCUCUUAUUUAAUCAUGUGAUGAUAUUAAUGAACUUAAAACACCUCGGACUUGCUUCACUUAAUAUACCUCUCUGUAAUAAGAAUAGUGAGAAGAAAUG